ACAGUCAACCCACGGGCACGUGUCCUCCCAUCUCCCCAUACCCCACGCCCUUUGUCCAGGUGUCCCUUAUAUAACAUACCUCCUCCUUCCCUCUUCCCCACGCCGUUCCCACACUUUUCCAUUACCUCCCUCCAUCUCCAUUCUUUUAACUCACUCUCUUCAAUUUCGGGGCCCCGCGAUCGAUACCCACCCGAUUCGUUAUCCGAAUUUCACUUCAAUCACAAGCCAAGCCGCCGAGUAACCUCCUAUGGGGACGGAAAACCCGGCGGCCAAUUUCAGCUACCUCGGGCGGAGCUACGGCGACAUCUGCUGCGUCAACACCGACGACUCCUCCUCCUCCGCCUUCAGCGACUGCAACAGCGACAGAUCCGGCGAGUUCCCCACCACCUCCACCGAGAGCCGCCGCCUCCUCGUCUCCUGCGCCGCCGACAACUCCGACGACCUCAUGCUCCACCUCGUCUCCAGCCUCGACUCCUGCUCCAUCGACGAGCAGAAGCAGGCCGCCAUGGAGAUCAGGCUGCUCGCCAAGAACAAGCCAGAGAACCGCCUCAAGAUCGCCAAAGCCGGGGCGAUUCGGCCCCUGGUCUCGCUGGUUUCCUCCUCCGACCUCCAGCUGCAGGAGUACGGCGUCACCGCGAUUCUCAAUCUCUCGCUCUGCGACGAGAACAAGGAGGCGAUUGCCUCCUCGGGAGCGAUUAAGCCGCUGAUUCGAGCUCUCAAGAACGGGACGGCCACGGCGAGGGAGAAUUCGGCCUGCGCUCUGCUCCGGCUGUCGCAAUUGGAGGAGAAUAAGGUCGCAAUCGGGAGGUCCGGGGCGAUUCCGCCGCUCGUGAGCUUGCUGGAGACCGGGGGUUUCCGCGCGAAGAAGGACGCGUCCACCGCGCUCUACUCUCUCUGCUCGGUGAAGGAGAACAAAAUCAGAGCCGUACAGGCGGGGAUCAUGAAGCCGCUGGUGGAAUUGAUGGCGGAUUUCGGGUCAAACAUGGUGGACAAGGCGGCGUACGUUCUCAGCGUGCUGGUCUCGCUCCCCGAGGCGAGGUCGUCGCUGGUGGAGGAAGCAGGGAUUCCGGUGCUGGUGGAGAUCGUCGAGGUCGGUUCCCAGCGGCAGAAGGAGAUCGCCGUUUCGGUGCUGCUGCAGCUGUGCGAGGACAAUUUGGUCUACAGGGCGAUGGUGGCGCGUGAAGGUGCGAUCCCGCCGUUGGUGGCUCUGUCUCAGUCCGGCACCAAUCGCGCCAAGCAAAAGGCAGAGACAUUGAUAGAGCUUCUGCGGCAACCGAGAUCCGGCAACGGCGGUGGGAGGGCAUCAGAGUUGUCGGUAUGAGGGGCAGGGUGUCCUACCACAUGCCGCCAUGUGUGUAGUAAUCAUCAUAACCCCAACAGGCAACAACCAGAAGAAGAAGAAGACCGAAGAGUGUGGAUAUUUUUUAUUAUUUCACUUUUGUUUUUUAGUUUUUUACGAUAUCUUCCUUUUUGUUUUGGCCACUAAAAGAAGAGAGAGAGAGAGACGGGAAGAGGAGAGAAAUGUAAAUAUCUCCUUUUACUGUGUCGUUUGUAAAAGAAAAGAAAGGCUUGAGAUUAUAAAAGAAAAAAGAAAGGGAAGGUUUGUGCCUAGUGGUGGUCUGAGUUUGGUAGAAGAAGACUAGAAGGGUGCUCUUUUUUUUUUAUUCGCAGUCGCAGGGGGGUUUUUCUUUUGUCUUUUCAUCGGUUUUUAUUAGAGUUCUAGUUAAGCUUUUGUGGAGAUCGAUUAAAAUUGGAAUUAUGAAAAAAGGUGAUGAGAUUAG